GAAAAGACUCAGCGAAAAGCUGAUGAAGUUUCCGUUUUACUUGAUGCCCCCAAACAACACGUGUCUGUGGCGUGUCUUAUGAGCACGCCGCCGCAGUAAGAACACUCAAGAGUUUUGCAACGUUGGAAAAUGUUCCCGGAGAAAGCGAAAAUCCCGAAACCCAAUCCUCUGGCAAAAGCGGGAGUAUUUUCACAGCUUUUCUUGUGCUGGCUGAGUCCUUUCCUGCAUCUCGGAUACAAGCAGAGACUGCAAGAAGGUGACCUCUACACAAUACUUCCUGAAGAUGAAUCAGAAGUACUGGGACAAGAACUGCAGAGGUGCUGGGAACUUGAAGUUAAAAUGGCAACCAAGCAACUACGGAAGCCCUCACUGAGUAAAGUCCUGAUUAAGUGCUACGGGAAGUCUUUCGCCGUCGCGGGAAUCUUUGCCUUUUCCUUGGAGGCCGUAAAAGUCAUCCAGCCACUUCUUCUCGGGAGAAUAAUCAUGUUCUUCGAGACCGCCGACGGCGCCGAGCAGAGCAGUCUUUGCACGGCGUACGGCUGCGCUGCCGCCAUGUGCGUCUCCACCUUCGGCUUGACCAUCUUCCAGCAUCUGCACUACUAUUUUGUCCAAAGAACGGGCAUGAGGAUGAGAGUGGCCUUGUGUCGUGUCAUUUACUGCAAGGCUCUUCGUCUCAGCAGCCAAGCGAUGGGGCAAACCACCACGGGCCAAAUCGUAAACCUCCUUUCAAAUGACAUCACCCGUUUCGAUGAGAUUACGCUCAAUCUGCACUACCUGUGGGUGGGACCCUUGCAGGCAGUUGUGGUCGUGGUUUUCCUCUGGUACGAGAUCGGUCCCUCGUGCCUGGCAGGCGUGGCCGUUCUCCUCCUCAUGUUGCCCAUGCAGACGUGGUUUGGAAAACUUUUUGGAAUCUUCAGGACCAAAUCGGCUGUCCUAGCCGACAGUCGGAUCCGCAUCAUGAACGAAGUGGUGUCCGGCAUCCGAAUCAUCAAGAUGUACGCUUGGGAAAUCCCCUUCUCAGCACUCGUCACAGAGUCCAGAAGAAAGGAAAUUGAGCAGAUCAUGAAGAGCUCCUACCUGCGAGGACUCAACAUGGCAACGUUCUUCGCCAGCAGUAAGAUUGUGGUGUUUGUCACCUUCGCGUUGUACGCCUUGCUGGGCAACAACGUGAGCGCCAGCCGAGUGUUCGUCACCAUGUCCCUGUACGGAACCAUCAAGAUCACCGUCACGCUGUUCUUCCCGCUGGCCGUCGAAAAACUCUCCGAGACCAUUGUCAGUGUCCGCAGGAUCAAGAAUUUUCUCCUGCUGGAUGAAAUGAACAGAAGAAAGAUGACGCUGGAGGAAAAGAACCCAAACGCCGUCGAGAUGACGAGGUUGACGUGCUACUGGGAUAAGCUUCUGGAUUCGCCGUCUCUGCAGAACAUCUCUCUCACAGUGGGGUCGCAUCAACUGGUGGCUGUAAUCGGACCCGUGGGGGCCGGGAAGUCGUCCCUACUGAGCGCCAUCCUGGGCGAGCUGUCUCACGACACCGGAACGAUGGCGGUCAGAGGUCAACUCAACUACGUAUCGCAGCAGCCGUGGGUGUUCCCGGGGACCAUCCGCAGUAACAUUUUGUUUGGGAGAGGGCUGGAUCCCCAAAAGUAUCAGCGUGUACUGAAGGCCUGCGCUCUAAAAAAGGACCUGGAGCUCCUCCCUGAUGGAGACCUGACCCUCAUCGGGGACAAGGGAGGCACCCUCAGCGGCGGCCAGAAAGCUCGCAUCAACCUGGCCAGAGCGGUCUACGAGGAAGCGGAUAUCUACCUUUUAGAUGAUCCUCUGAGCGCUGUGGAUGUCGAAGUGGGGAAGUAUCUCUUUGAAGCGUGCAUCUGCGGCCUGCUGAAGAACAAGUGUCGGAUCCUGGUUACUCACCAACUUCAGAACCUGUGCUCGGUCGAUCGCAUUGUGGUGGUCAAGGAGGGUCGUAUCGUGUCCCAGGGGACCUACAGAGAGUUGCAGAGCUCUGGCCUUGAUGUGGGCUUCCUGCUACAAAGCCAAGAGGAGCAAGACCAUCCCUAUCUGGGGGCCAACUGCGACAGGGAGUCAAUCUGUAGCAAGAGGACCAAUCACUCCAACAGCUCCGUCUACUCGCACGGCACCCUCCUGCCGCCAGAGUGCAACGGCCCCGACCUGCUUCCCGUUACGAGUGCGCACGCCGCUGAGGAGGAGUCUCGUGCCGAAGGAAAUGUCAGCAGGGACAUUUAUGUCAAGUAUUUUACCGCCCACUAUCACCCUCUGACCUUAUUGGCCAUUCUGCUGCUCAGUGUCACCGCUGAGGUUGCGUAUGUUCUGCAGGAUUGGUGGCUGGUGGUCUGGGCCAAAGAUGAGCUCAACAACAACACCGCCGCGGCGGCGGUGACGCUCGAGAAAACCGCCAACGAGACUGGCUCACUCCGAGACAGCAGUCUCCCAUUUUAUUUGGGUGUUUACUCCGGUUUGACGGCGGCCGUCGUGAUCUUGGGCUACGCCAGGAGCUUGGCGAUCUUUCACGGGCUGGUGCGAUCCACUCAGACGCUGCACAACCGCAUGUUCAACGCCGUCCUGCGCACCCCAGUGCUCUUCUUUGACCUCAACCCCAUAGGAAGAAUUCUCAACCGCUUUUCCAAAGAUAUCAACCAGAUGGACUCCCUGUUACCGCUCAUCUUUGUGGACUUCUAUCAACUUUUUUUGCAGAACGUGGGCGUUUUGGCCGUGGCCGCCUCCAUCAUCCCUCUCCUCCUGGUCUCCGUGGCUCCGCUGCUGUUCCUGUUCCUGUACCUGCGCCGUUACUACCUCUGCACGUCACGCGACAUCAAACGUCUGGAGUCCACGGCACGCAGUCCCGUCUUCUCCCAUCUUUCGUCGUCCCUCCAGGGUCUGUGCACCAUCCGAGCCUUCGGAGGACAGGAGAGACUAACCAAAGCCUUUGACUCGCACCAGGACCGACACUCAGAGGCCUGGUUUCUCUUCCUGAUGACCUCCCGCUGGUUUGCCCUGCGCCUGGACAGCAUUUGCUCCGUCUUCAUCACCGCAGCGACAUUUGGGUGCAUUUUACUCCGAGAUGGUUUGGAGGCCGGCGAGGUGGGCCUCUUGCUGACGUACGCCGUGACGCUUAUCGGACACUUCCAGUGGACUGUGAGGCAAAGUGCAGAGUUAGAGAACACGAUGACAUCGGUGGAGAGGGUGGUGGAGUACACCGAGCUCAAGAACGAAGCGCCCUGGGUAACCGCCACGCGGCCUCCCCGCGAUUGGCCCAGCCGAGGCCAGGUUACCUUUGACCGGGUUCAUUUGGCGUAUCGCAAGGACAGCCCUUUCAUCCUCAAGGACAUCAAUGCCGUCUUCCGCCCCAACGAGAAGGUGGGCGUUGUGGGACGGACGGGAGCCGGGAAAAGCUCUUUGGUGGCGGCUCUGUUUCGUCUGGCGGAGCCACAAGGGAACAUUUACAUCGAUGGCGUCUUGACCUCCGAGUUGGGCUUGCACGACCUGCGACAGAAGAUGUCGAUCAUACCUCAGGACCCGCUGCUUUUUACGGAUACCGUGAGGAAGAACCUGGACCCCUUUAACCAGCACACAGAUGCUGACCUGUGGAAGGCUCUGGAGCAGGUCCAGCUCAAGUGCAUGGUGGAGGAACUGCCCACCAAGUUGGAGACGGUUCUCGCAGAGUCCGGCUCCAACUUCAGCGUCGGUCAGAGGCAGCUGGUGUGUCUGGCCAGAGCCAUCUUGAGAAAGAACCGCAUUCUCGUCAUUGACGAGGCCACGGCCAACGUGGACCCCAGAACGGACGAGCUGAUCCAACUCACGAUCCGACGGGAGUUCCGAGACUGCACCGUGUUCACCAUCGCUCAUCGACUCAACACCAUCAUCGACAGCGAUCGCAUCUUGGUGCUCGAUGAGGGCAGAAUCCAAGAGUUGGAUCACCCUUUUAAUCUUCUUCAGAACAAAGAUGGUGCUCUGUACAGGCUAGUCCAGCAGUUGGGCCCAGCCGACGCCGAAGCUUUGUUGGAGGCGGCGAAACAGGCAGGAAGCAAAGGCGACCUGACCGGCCAAAGCUGAGCGAACGGCGACCGCUCGAAAUCGCGGAUGCUAGCGGCCGCGGCGGAAACACAAGAGUGAGGUUUGUCGGGGUUUGAAGACAUUCAAGAAGUGAUCUUUCAAACUCGGGAGGAAUUGAUUUUGGAGAGGAGCCUCACUUUUAUCACUUAGUUUAUUCCAAAGUUUGAACCACUGCGUCCAAUCCUAUGAAAAAAAUAAUUGCAGUUCCCGUCUGCAUUUUCCUUGACAAUCGCAAACAAUUUAAGACGCUUUAGAGGCGUCCGUGCCUCGGAUUCCCGAGAAAUCCACCCUGAAAUAUCGCCAUGGAACCUUGGGAAGGACGCCCGUUGUGAAUCUGCCAGAGUUUGAGAAAGAUGUCGGGCAAAAUGGACAAGGAACCAUUCUGGCUUCGAUCUGAGAUGCGGAGAAAAUGGACUCGGAGCUCACCCGAACUUGGCCAUCGGCGUUCUUUGCCGAGUUCGAGCGUUCGAACUCGCGCCACAACCCGCGCCGGCGGGACCUCAUCACCUUGCAACGACAAUCGCACUGUGGGAACAAGAAGACUCAAUUUCGAGACAAUUUUGAGUGUUCUGUCAUGUUUUUGGAAUGUGGGUGGAAAUUGGAGUACCCGGAGAAAAGCCACGCAGGAACAUGCAAAGUCCGGGAAUCGAACCCUGCACUCGCGCACUGUGAAGCGGACGUGUUCACCAGUAACCGACUGUGCCAAAUGAUCUUAAUACCUCCCUGGUGAAAGUUGAACUUUUUCCUAUAAAGGUCAAGUGUGAAGUCAUUUGAGAAACAAAAUAUUUUGGUCGUCGUCGGCAGCCACUGCGCACAUUUUACAUCGGCAGCAUAUUUUGUUGAAAAUUCCGCCAAGGCUGCCCUUUGUUGCCGAUUCUGUUCAUAACCUUUAUGGACAGAAUUUCUAGGCGCAGCCGAAGCGUUGAGGGGGUCCGUUUUGGGGGCCUCAGUAUUGCAUCCCUGCUUUUUGCAGAUGAUGUGGUGCUGUUGGCUCCUUCAAACGGGGCUCUCCAACUCUCACUGGAGCGUUUCACAGCCGAGUGUGAAGCGGUUGGGAUGAAAAUCAGCAUCUCCAAAUCUGAAACCAUGGUCCUCAGUCGGAAAAGGGUGGAGUGCCCCCUCCGGGUCGGAAAGGAGAUCUUGCCCCAAGUGGAGGAGUUCAAGUAUCUUGGGGUCUUGUUCACGAGUGGGGGCAGGAGGGAGCGGGAGAUCGACAGGCGGAUCGGUGCAGCGUCUGCUGUGAUGCGGACGUUGUAUCGGUCUGUCGUGGUGAAGAAGGAGCUGAGCCAAAGGGCGAAGCUCUCAAUUUACCGGUCGAUCUACGUCCCAACCCUCACCUAUGGUCACGAGCUAUGGGUCGUGACCGAAAGAACGAGAUCCCGAAAUGAGUUUUCUCCGCAGGGUGUCCGGGCUCUCCCUUAGAGAUAAGGUGAGAAGCUCAGUCAUCCGGGAGGGGCUCCGAGUCGAGCCGCUUCUCCUCCACAUCGAGAGGAGCCAGAUGAGGUGGCUUGGGCAUCUGAUUCGGAUGCCUCCUGAGCGCCUCCCCGGUGAGGUGUUCCGGGCAUGUCCCACCGGGAGGAGACCCCGAGGACGACCCGGGACACGCUGGAGAGACUGUCACCCAGCUUGCCUGGGAACGACUCGGGAUCCCCCGGGGAGAGCUGGACGAAGUAGCUAGGGAGAGGGAAGUCUGGGCUUCCCUGCUAAAGCUGUUGCCCCCGCGACCCGGCCCCGGAUAAGCGGUAGAUGAUGGAUGGAUGGAUUUUUUGUUGAAAAUUCCAUCCGGGCACUCGUACGGUUUGAAUGUUUUCCAUCCGUCAUAUUUUCAAUCGAAUGUUUUCAUAAACAACAGCCAGACUGAUUCAUUGAUUAGCUAGCACGCCAGCAUUUUCGUUGUUGAUGGUGUUGCGUUUAAAAAGAGAAAUGCUCGAAAUAGUUGUAGGCCAAAGUAUGAUUCGAAAGAUGAUUGGCCAAGUUGACUUCACACUUGACCUUUAAGAAGCGUUUUCUGCAUCCAUUCCCACGAUUUAUGCUUCCAAUGUUCUCUCCUCAAUAUGUGCAAAGUUCUACAAUUGUUAGCAUGGGUUUGCCUUUGUUUUACGAAUCCGGUUUUAUCGAAAUGAAUCAUUUCUGGUAAGGAAAUAGAUCGUCAUCAUAAAUCCUUUUGUGAAUCUGUCAGCGGAAUUCAUUUUGUCUUCUCAUUGUGCGCUGUUUUUGUUUUUCUUGUUUUUUCAAAUUGAUUUUGGUGACGUUUUUUUUUCGAAAUCAAACAUUUCUUGUUUUCACGUCAUCUUGCUUUUUUUGGUGAUUUUUUUAAAAACUUGCUUAUGUUAAGUUAUGCCUUUUGUCAUUUUGCAGUUUUCAUUCACGCGACUUCUAUGUUAGGAUUUUAUCUCGAGUGUCAGAUUUUCACUCCAUCUUGUUUCUUUUACCUCUGUAAAGCGCUAUGGACCUCAAUUGUGCUCUACAAAUAAACAUGUAUCAAAAUCA